GGGGGAGGGGAGACGCGGGGAACAUCCAGGACUCCAGAUCAGUGCCUGGUUGUUCGAUAGUCCGUACGUCUGCGUAGAAACAGCACGCACAGGACAAGAUGUGGAGGUGGGCGGGGAUGGCAUAGCCCGUGGCGAUUGGACGCGUCGAGGGCCGCGAUUCCCGCAAAGUCCGCGACGCAGAAAUAAAAGGCGUCCUUCACCACGUCGUCCACUGCGUUACUUAUCAAGCGACACAGGAAUAUCAGCGACAACGCUCGGCAAGACUGAUUGACAGGAAUGACAAUCGCACCAUGUCCAUUUUGACUACCCUCUCGACGCCAUGGGUGGCCGUCGUCGCGAUUGUCGUGCUGGUUACGGUGUACUAUGUGACACCAUACCUCACCGACAAUGCACACCUAAGAGGGAUCCCUGGACCUCCCACGGCCGCCUUCUCAAACAUCUGGCUGCUGUCGGUGUGCAGGAGAGGGAAGAGAUUUGCCAUCGUGCAUGACAUGCACCGGAAACUGGGUCCGGUGGUUCGCAUCGCGCCGAACCAUGUCAGCAUCGCAGACGCAGAUGCAAUCAACACCAUUUAUGGUCAUGGCAAUGGCUUCCUCAAAUCUGAUUUCUACGACGCAUUUGUGUCCAUCCGUCGCGGCCUCUUCAACACUAGGGACCGCGCUGAGCAUACGCGCAAGAGGAAGCUCGUCUCGCACAUCUUUGCGCCCAAGUCCGUGACAGAGUUCGAGCCAUAUCUUCGACAGAACUUGGAAGAGUUUGUCAGGCAAUGGGACAAGCUGAUCAAGCUAUCGCCCCACAGUCAGCACUCGGCUCGGCUCGAUUGCCUGUCAUGGUUCAAUUAUCUCGCAUUUGACACGAUAGCUGACUUGGCAUUCGGAAAACCAUUUGGAAUGCUCACCUCUGGCGCCGACAUUGCGGAGAUCAGGACGACCCCCACAAGCCCACCACUGUACGCUCCCGCCGUCGAGAUCAUCAACCGUCGUGGCGAGGUCUCGGCAACCCUUGGCAUCAUGCCCUUCCUCAAGCCGUAUGCACGCUACCUGCCGGACCCGUUCUUCUCCAAAGGCCUUGAGGCUGUAGAGCGCCUGGCUGGUAUCGCCAUCGCUCGCGUCUCUGACAGACUCGAGAAUCCUCCCGACAUUAGUCGCCAAGACCUGCUUGCGCGACUUGUGCAGGGCAAGGAUGAAGAUGGACAGCCACUGGGGCGCGAGGAACUGACAGCGGAGGCGCUGACGCAGUUGAUCGCGGGCAGCGACACGACGUCCAACUCAUCAUGCGCGCUGCUAUACCACGUGGUCAAGACAGAGGGUGUCUUGGCCAAGCUUCAACAGGAGCUUGAUGCAGCUGUCCCAGACGACGUGGACGUCCCCAUGUACGAGCAGGUCAAGAGCCUUCCGUACCUGGAGCAGGUCAUUAGCGAAACACUUCGUCACCAUUCAACCUCCGGCAUAGGCCUCCCGAGAGAAGUCCCCCCGAACUCAGCAGGUGUUACGAUCCGGGGGCGCCACUAUGGUCCUGGGUCAGUCUUGAGUGUACCCACGUACACGGUCCAUCAUGACAAGUCGAUCUGGGGAGAAGAUGCGGAUCAGUUCAACCCGAGCCGGUGGGAAAACCCGACGGCUGAGAUGAAGAAGGCUUUCAUCCCCUUCAGUCAUGGCCCGCGAUCCUGCGUCGGGAGGAACUUGGCUGAGAUCCAGAUGAAGCUGAUUGCAGCCACAUGGAUCAAGAGGUAUGAUGUGUUCCUCGAGCAGGAAGUGAUGGAGACCCGCGAGGGCUUUUUGAGGAAGCCAACAGGACUCAAUGUUCGGAUCCAAAGGCGUCGAAAGGGUGGUUCUUGACUGCUGUAUAAGUAUGC